AUCACUAACGCCGGCCCGAAGGUCGUUCUCGCACCCAUGGUCCGCAUCGGCGAACUCCCAACUCGCCUCGUUUCCUUGCACUACGGUGCAGAUGCCGUAUGGGGUCCAGAGAUCGUUGACAAGAAGUUGAUCCAAUGCAAACGAGUCGUGAACGAGGCUAUCGACUGCGUGGAUUACUACGCACCUUCGAAAAACGCCGGUGGUGAGGUCCUUGUCUUCAGAACGCACCCUGUCGAGACGAAAUGUCUUACCUUUCAAAUCGGCACGGCGGACCCAGCUCUCGCUGUUCAGGCAGCAAAGAUCGUUGCACCGGAUAUCUCCAUCAUCGAAGUAAACGCUGGGUGUCCAAAGCACUUCUCGGUACACAGCGGCAUGGGAGCCGGGCUUCUGAAAGAUAUCCCAAAACUCGUCGCUAUUCUAACGGCCUUGGUUGAGGAGGUUGGCAAACCAUACGGCAUUGGUGUGGCGGUGAAGACUCGUCUCCUGGAUGACGAACAAGCGACUCAGGACAUGAUCCGGAAGCUAUGCAGAACCGGUAUCAAGCGUUUGACGAUUCAUUGCCGAACAACACCCAUGCGAAACACGGAGCGGGCACUCCGGGAACGCCUAGCGGGCGUUGCGAAGGUCUGCAGGGAAGAGGGCGUCUUGAUCUACGGCAACGGAGACGUAGAAGACCGGAAACAUGCCGUGGAGAUCGCAAAGGAGUACGAUGUUGAUGGACUCAUGAUCGCCCGCGCUGCGGAGCGUAACCCAUCAUGUUUCCGGGAGGAGGGUGUUCUACCACCACUCGAAGUGGCAAAAACUUACCUCAAAACCGCGAUGGAAGUUGACAACCCUUUCCCAAACACUAAAUACUGUCUGCAGCAGAUUUUAGCAGGGAUGAGCAAAAGUGGGAUCUACAAGAAGUUUCACGGAAUGAAGACGUUUAAGGAUUUGGCUGCUCUAUUGGAUGUCGAAUACCAUGAAAAGCCGGCUGAGCGAGUG